UCAGUGGUGUCCCAUGGAAGUGUAGACGACGAAAAUAAGCGGCAAGACCUUAGAAAAUUAACUAUGCCGGAGCUAGUAAAGCCUAGUCGGCCGGAUACUAUUCGGACUAUCACUGAAGAUAAAAAACUGGAAGAGUUAUUUAAGAAAAUAGACAUAAAUAAGGAUGGGAGAAUAGAUAUAGAGGAUUUAAGUAAAGCUUUGAAGGCUAUGGAUGUCCCCACUAGCCCAGGACACGCUCAGAAAAUAUUUGAUAAAUAUGAUGAAGAUAAUGAUGGACAGAUUGAUUUCGGAGAAUUUGUGAAAUAUGUAACAGAACAUGAGCAGACAUUAAAACUGUUUUUUAAAAAGAUUGACACAAAUGAAGAUGGAAUCAUUGAUGCUAAUGAAAUUCGGGAAUCCUUCUUGAAAUUAGGGGUUAAAAUAGAAAUUAAAGAAGCUGAGGAUCUUUUAAAGCGGAUGGAUAAAGACGGAACAUUGAAAAUAGAUUGGAAUGAAUGGAGAGAUUAUCUAUUACUAACUUCAAGUCAGAAUAUACAUGACAUAUUACAUUAUUGGAGACAUUCAUCGAUCAUUGACAUUGGUGAAAAUGGAAUGGUACCAGAUGAUUUUACAGAGAAAGAGUUAAAAUCUGGGUUAUGGUGGAGACAGUUGGUAGCAGGAGGAGCAGCUGGCGCUGUAUCUAGAACAUUUACAGCACCACUAGAUAGGUUAAAAGUUAUGUUACAGGUCCAUGGUUCUACAAAAAAUAUAAGCAUUGUAUCAGGGUUUAAACACAUGUUAGACGAAGGUGGUGUCAGAUCAUUAUGGAGAGGAAAUUUUAUGAAUGUAAUUAAAAUUGCACCCGAAUCAGCCAUCAAGUUUAUGGCUUAUGAACAGAUUAAAACAUUAAUUAAAGGUGACAGUAAACAUGAAAUUGGUGUUUUGGAAAGAUUACUAUCAGGUUCGGCUGCUGGAGCUAUUUCACAAACUGUCAUUUAUCCUAUGGAGUUAUUGAAGACUCGUCUUGCCCUCAGGAAAACUGGUCAAUAUAAUGGUAUAUUUGACUGUGCCAAAAAGAUUUUAAAAGCAGAAGGUUUUGCUAGUUUCUAUCGGGGUUAUAUACCUAAUUUAAUAGGUAUUAUACCCUAUGCUGGUAUUGAUUUAGCUAUAUAUGAGACAUUAAAGAAGUUUUACAUGUCAAAACAUAAAGGACAGGAUCCUGGUGUAUUUGUAUUAUUAGGAUGUGGUACAGCUAGUUCUACAUGUGGUCAAUUAGCUAGUUAUCCUUUAGCUUUAAUACGUACCAGACUACAAGCACAAUCAUCUACUCAAAAAGAUAGUAUGGGAUCCAUGUUUACUAAAAUUUUAAAGAAUGAUGGACCUUUAGGAUUUUAUAGAGGAAUUGCUCCAAAUUUCCUCAAAGUGGCACCAGCUGUCAGUAUAAGUUACGUGGUAUAUGAACAAGUGCGAAAGUAUUUAGGCAUGAAGUAAUUUAAAUUCACAAUUAAGUGUAAUUCUUAAAUACAGUGUAUGUGUUUCAAGAUGGUUGCCUGCCUUUCUUUCAAGCCAAUGUUGUUGUUUUUUUUAUCUUGACUUUCUUGUAGUACUAAACCGUCCGCAAAUUGACGUAGAUUAUAGUAUGUCCAUACUCUACAUGACCCAUUUUCUGCACAUAAUUAUCAGCAGAGGAUUGAAUCUGGUUGAGUCUCUAGAGUACAUCUCGAGCAUGAUACAAAAAACUUAAAUGAUUUGAUUGUUAGUGGUUUUUGACAGAUGACCUACUGAUGAUCACUUUAUUAGAUGCAGAAUAUUUGACUUGUAGGGUGUAGCCAUAUUGAACCAUGGUGCAUCUACUAACUGAACCCAUAUAUAUGAAAACUUUAAAUUGAACCACUGCUGCUUACAUAAUAUUAGGAUUCUUAAGAAGUAUUCAAUCCAUUUUAUGUUGUAGUUUCAAUGUUGAAUGUCUUUGAUAAAGUAAAUAACAAUUUUGAGUCGAGAUUGUUGAAUUAUUGCACAAAAUGUUUUAUCUAUUACUGUUGUAACUGUCUCUUAAUUUGUAUAUUUGUAAAUUAAUGUAAACCAAUUGAUUAUGUCAUAAGGUCAUUAAUUGAGUGCUCUAUAAUUUCUCCAUUGCAAAUGGGAUUUUAAAUGAAUAAAUUUUGACUUCUGGGUAUAUGAUUUUUAAACCUUUAUAAAUUGUUUGAUUUAAAAAUACCUAUUUGAAGUAUUGACCUCGUAGAAAAUAUAUAUUUCGAAAGUUUACAAAUUGAUGCGAAGAUUAUCAGGAUAUUCAAAUUUAAAACACUUUUUGGUGCACUGUAUUUAUUUCUACGCAAUAUGGUUGAAAUCAAGCAAAAUUACUGUUGAACUGUUAGCAUUACGAUCCGGAAUAUUUUAUUACCGUUAUGCAUGGAUUGGAUUUAAAUUCAGUUCUGUUGUUUAGAUCUUUACACUGCCUAGAUUGUGUUAUUAUUAUUGUAUUCUUUUUCAAGGUGCAUAAUGUUUAAAUGUUGUAAAAAAAAAAAAUCUUAUUAUUUUAUACUUAUUCUUUACUAUCUGUAUUUGAGUAAAUAUAUUAAUAUAAUGUUCUGGAAACUCAAACUUUUAAGAAAGUUAUAAAUUUUCUUUUUCGGAGACUUUUCUUCUCAUUUAUUUUGUCUAGAAAUAUAUCAUUGAUUUAAUUAGUUAUGAAAGAAGAUCGUUUUAACAAUGAUUGAUUUUUACAAAAUGAUUUUUUUUUCUCAAAAUUUGAUGAAUUGAAGAUUUGAUAUGUUGACAAUACUAAUGAUUAAUAAAUUAAAUAGAGAAUAGCUGUAUCACUGUAUGUAAAUAUUUCUGUAGAUUUUAUUUAAGCUUCUAGUUCUAUUAAUCUAGAAUUGUUCAUUAUCUAAUAUAUUAGCAUAUAAUUUUAUUACAUUUAUAAGAUAAUUGUGAUAUUCUAAACGUAGAUAAUAAUAUCCUGUAUGUAAUUUGAAAUUGAUCUGAUACUUAUGCCUUAUACAGCUUUCCAUUUCAAGUACCAAUAUUAACACUUUUGAAAAAUUAAACUUGUUCAACAUAGGUAAUACUAAUAGGUACAUGUAUGUGUACUUAAUGGAAAAUACUGUCCCUUUAAAAACAUAACUGCAAGGUUUUAAUACUACCAGACAUGUUCUAAUGUUGUUGACUUGAAAUACAGUAGGAGAAACUAACUGAUAAUCAAGUCAUUCUGCUUGCUUUGUCAUAAAUAUUCACUUGUAAUAGAAUUAACAGAAAAGAAUUCAGACAGCAUCAGAUCUGUCUUCUUAUAUCACUUUCAGAAUUGAAAGGGAUUCACAUUUUAAACAUUUGAAUAGUAAACCUAGAUUUAUCAGGUCUCUUAUUUUUGCAGUCUGGUCAGUAUCUGAGAAAUUUACCUGUCUUUCAAUUUGUUUGCCAGAAUCUUCAAAUACCAUAAGUAAAUUGCAAUUAUAAGGACAUAUGCCUCUGUAUUUUAUACAAAGAUGCCUUACCAUUAUGCUAUUUGAAAGUUGGUUGCUUUUAAACUCUGAUGAACUAAAACAACACUCCUUGUGAACUUUGUAUCAUAGCCCUUGACGCUAUAAGAUGUGAAGAUUUUUAAGAUUCUAUCUCUUCUUUUGUUAAUUUUCCCAUAAAUAUUUAUUUAUUAGGAGGACAUCUUGUUUACAAAUGGGACUGUCUAAUAUUUUCCAUUAUAAUGGAAUUUUUGCAUUUUGUCCCUUAAAAAUGUAAAAUAUAAAAUCGGAUUUAAAGUUUUUCUAGUAAGAAAUCCUAGUACAUGUCGAGAUUUAAAAUGCAUAAUUAUUGAGCUCUAAUUUGUUUGUUGGCCUUGUAAUCAAAUUGAUACAUAAGAUAUAUGAGAAACUGUCAAAUGUAAAUACCAGAUUUUGUUGUGUGAAUUCUGAAUUUUUGGGACAUUGUGGGUAUGACUGUUACAUUGAAGUGUUGAUCCGCGACAGCUUUUAUUAUUAUUGAACUGUGAUAAUGUCAAAUUAUGUAUCAAAUUGAAUAUAUUUCAUGUUAAAACAUAAAUGAUAAAACACAUUUUAUCAUACCAGGUUAUGACUUGAAAACACUUUGGUUGUACUUAUACAUGUAACGUUUUCUUUAAUCCAGUGAUGUUUGUUCUGCAUUCCUUUUUUUUCACUUUUUCCAGAAAACUGACUAUUAUUUGCUUAUCUAGGCAUAAUGAAGGACCAUAACAUAUUACCUGUGGGCUAAAGCAACUCAUUAUUGACGGGAGUUGUCUCUGUACUGCUCAUUCAAUUGAUUAUAUAUUUUAACAAUACGGGCAUUUGAGGGCGUCUUAGUAAACCUGAUCAUCUGUUUUAGGCCAUAAGUAGUAAUGUUGUGGACCACAGUUAAGUCAAGAUGUCUGUUGCUAUUCAUGUUUCUGUUUGUCAAAGUUACAUUGAGCAUACAUUGUUUUGCAUGGGUUGAAAUUGAAAAUGACCAAAUCUUGUAAAUAUAAUUGAAAGCUUGUGAGAGAUUUUAAACUCAUCUGUACAGAACAAUGUGUAUGUUUUUCGGUAAUCAUGUUAAUGGUUGUGGGAUUUGUUUCGUUACAUACAAUUUCUGUAUAAGAUUUCAAGGCGAUCAACAUCCUUACGAUUGAUAUAUCAUUCUUGUUAGCUCUUUAGUAGCUUAUAAUACAUAGAAAUCAUGUGGAUUUUCACCCUUCAUAUAUGUAUAUGCUCAACGCUGUUUUAAUCAAACUUAUGUAAUUUUAUAUGAUAUCCCUUUGUUUGAAUUGUUAUCUUUUCUGUUAUUUAAAACAAUGGGGCAGUGUUACAUGUAUGUUAUCCUUGGCAUAUAUUGUUCUCAUUUUGUUGUAAACAUAUUAUAUAAUAUCUGUAUAUUGUUAUUUUUCACACAUCUAAAAUUAUUUCAAAUAUAAAUAUUACGAAGCUGUAUAAUAAAUAUACCUUUAAACCAUU